AUUCCAUUUACUUGCUCUCGUUUCUAUCAGCUUCGCACUUCUUUACAAAUAGUCAACGUUAGUAAUGAAUAAAUGUGAUAACAAGUGUGGUGAAAAGAUAUUAUAUUUUAUCAAAGAGAACUGAACUCGCAAUUAUAGAUAGUUACUCGAUCAGAGAGGGUAACAUAAUCUGACAUGCAAAAAAGUGAAUAGGAUGGAACUGUACCUAAUGGAUUUUCAUAAAUUUUUUUCUAUUAAAACAGGAAGCAAGAGCUUAUCAACAAAAUGCAACUUUUACAUGCAUUAUUACUCACAGUCGUCGUUCUUUCCAUCUUCAUCCAUGAUGUCGCAGCGUCUUCAGAUCUAUCAAGUACUGACGACUUCCCUACAAUGGACCUCAGAUCUUUAGCAGCUAAGCGAUUCAUGCAACUCAAACGGGGCAAUAAUCUUUGUGGCAUGUCGUAUUACGGCUGCAGAAAAAAUGGGGUGAGAAGCAAAGAUAUAUGCUAAUUGUUUAUGAAAUAAUACUCCAUUGAAUUGUUUGAUACUUAGGCUUGACUGGCACUGUCCUGAACUACAGAAGAGCCUGGGUCUUGUAUAAAGUCAGGGUUUCAACAACUUUUUCCUUCGGCGGCCGCCGAUGGUGUGAAAUUCGGCUGUGCUUAGAAAAGGGCCGCAAGGCCCGAGAGCCUGCUCGCAUGCUGAACAAACGCCGGUGAAAGUCUUCUAGGCGGCGGUAGAGUGUCGGUCAUUGGAUCUUGGUGAGACCCCUGAAAGAGAUCUGAGUUAUUGGCACUUGUGCUUAACUGCGGUGCUGAAUUAACCAAGCAUGUUUUGAAUGAAACCACACGAAUCCGAAGGUCUGAAUUCCCAGCAGCACCUUCGGCCUUACUCGCAUACUUGGUGGUCGAAAUCCAUGUAAAUGACAAGGUUCUUAUCUUGUCAUAACUGGGUAAAACCUUGUAUAGGGAAUAUACGAUACCAUGACAAAACGUCCAAAAAAAUCUGCUAACCUUGAACAAGCAAGAUUUUCGGAAACAGUGCUGCGAAUCGUAUUACGUAGGUGAAAUGUGAGGUGGAGGUGAGGGGAGGGGGGGGGAGGGUGAAAGAGAGAGAGAGGGGGGAGGAAAGAAGACAAGAAAGUCUGGUAUUUUGUAGCAACGAUCUUAUAUGAUAUAUCUAUAAUUUCUUUCCUAUAUUUAAAACAGAAACGCAGAAAAAAGUCAUGGAUGCCUCCACUUCGCAACAUGCGCGAUCAUGAAGAUCGUACCUUCGCGCAGAGACGUUGAUAGCGAAGAACGGCAAACGCUGGGAUCAAAAUUGAUCGCUCACCUUCAAACACUCACGAAAAUAUGAAUAAAACUAUCUAUAUUUAAUAUUCUUGAGUUAAGGCUUAUAGUUAAUAACUUGUUAUUUUUAAAAGCAUUAAAAUAUUUAGAAAUCAAUAUUAGUAGCUCAGCGUGUGUUGAAUAUAUUCAAGAGAUGAUGUGAAUGUUCCUCCUUUUUAGAGGAAGAAAGUCUUUGUUUUUUCGAGAUGAAAACAGCCGCAUAUAGGAUUGUUCAUAUUCAGAAGUAAUCACUAAAAUGAUUCGGAACUCGAGGGUAUUAAACUUCAUAGAUAGCUUAAGCACUGAUGGGAAUAACCUUGAAGAUAACGUAGUUGUAAAAAGUUGAUUGUAUCAACACCAUGCAACGGAAUUGAAAUCUUGCUUUACAUAUAUUUCCUAAACAACUCUACUUCCAGCCACAAUUACAAAUGUAGGGUCUUUUAAAAACUCCUCCCAGCAUCAACGGUAGUCAGAUAUCAUGAUGGUCGAUCAGAUCGUUGAUCUCUCAUUUGGUCUUAACAACGAUAUUUUUAAUUUUCUUAAUUAAAAAGAGGGUUGUAUCUUUGAUAUUCGC